GAAUCCAGACUUUAAUCCAGGCGGAAUGGGAAGCCUCACCGCGGCAGGCGGGCGGGCUCACGGGCGCCGAGGGAAAGGUGCCUGGGAUUCAGCUCUACGGAGAGGAGCUGCUGUGUCGCAGGCGCUGGUGGUAGGCCAGGCUGUCCCAAAGACUCAGAGUGACGGCGUUGGAGUGGGCACCACCCAGCUUCGGUCCUGCUGGGACUUUGUCUCCGGCCGCUCGUGUUGAAGGAAGCAUUGCCUGGGGACCAGAACCAAAAUAAAAACUAAGCAAAGGGCCAGACAGAAACCAUCUGCGCCCGUCAAGACACCCUCAGACGUGCUCUGCCAUGGACGCAGAAGACGAGGAGAACAUGAGUUCCAGCAGCGCAGACGUUAAGGAAAACCGCCACCUGGACAGCGUGCCCCCCAGGGAUGGCGGUGCGCCUGGGCCCAGCGAGGGGACCCGGCUCUCCAACGGGGGCGGCGGGGGUGCCAGCAGGAAGCGGCCCCUGGAGGAUGGCAGCAACGGCCACUCCAAGUACCGCCUGAAGAAGCGGAGGAAAAUGCCGGGGCCCGUCUUGCCCAAGAACGCCCUGAUGCAGCUGAACGAGAUUAAGCCCGGCCUGCAGUACACGCUGCUGUCGCAGACGGGGCCUGUGCACGCGCCGCUCUUUGUCAUGUCCGUGGAGGUGAACGGGCAGGCGUUCGAGGGCUCCGGCCCCACCAAGAAAAAGGCAAAGCUGCAUGCUGCCGAGAAGGCCCUGCGCUCUUUCGUCCAGUUUCCCAACGCCUCCGAAGCCCACCUGGCCAUGGGGAGGACCCUGUCUGUGAACACAGAUUUCACAUCCGACCAGGCCGACUUUCCCGACACGCUCUUCAACGGCUUUGAGACGUCCGACAGGGUGGAGCCGCCCUUCUAUGUGGGAUCCAACGGUGACGACUCCUUCAGCUCCAGCGGGGACCUCAGCCUGUCGGCCUCCCCGGUGCCCGCAGGCCUGGCCCAGCCCCCACUCCCUGUCCUGCCGCCGUUCCCACCACCGAGCGGGAAGAACCCCGUGAUGAUCCUGAAUGAGCUGCGCCCGGGUCUGAAGUAUGACUUCCUGUCGGAGAGCGGGGAGAGCCACGCCAAGAGCUUCGUCAUGUCUGUGGUCGUGGAUGGCCAGUUCUUUGAAGGCUCGGGAAGGAACAAGAAGCUGGCCAAGGCCCGGGCGGCACAGUCUGCCCUGGCCACUGUCUUCAAUCUGCACUUGGAUCAGACGCCAUCUCGCCAGCCUAUCCCCAGCGAGGGUCUGCAGUUGCACCUGCCACAGGUGUUAGCGGACGCCGUCUCCCGCCUGGUCCUGGGUAAGUUUGGUGACCUGACCGACAGCUUCUCCUCCCCUCAUGCCCGCAGGAAGGUGCUCGCUGGGGUCGUCAUGACGACAGGAACAGACGUCAAAGAUGCCAAGGUGAUAAGCGUGUCUACAGGAACGAAGUGCAUCAACGGUGAAUACAUGAGCGACCGCGGCCUGGCGCUCAACGACUGCCACGCCGAGAUAAUAUCGCGGAGGUCCCUGCUCCGAUUCCUCUACACGCAGCUGGAGCUCUACCUACACAGCAAAGACGAUCAGAAGAAGUCCAUCUUCCAGAAGUCGGAGCGGGGCGGGCUGAGGCUCAAGGAGAACGUGCAGUUCCACCUGUACAUCAGCACCUCCCCCUGUGGCGACGCCAGAAUCUUCUCACCCCACGAGCCAAUCCUGGAGGGUAGGGCUGGCUGCGCAACACCGGGUGCACAGGAGCGCUGGGCCGAUGCCAUGGCGGAACCAGCAGACAGGCAUCCAAACCGCAAGGCAAGAGGACAGCUGCGGACGAAGAUCGAGUCUGGCGAGGGGACCAUCCCCGUGCGCUCGAACGCGAGCAUCCAGACGUGGGACGGCGUGCUGCAGGGCGAGCGGCUGCUCACCAUGUCCUGCAGCGACAAGAUAGCGCGCUGGAACGUGGUGGGCAUCCAGGGGGCACUGCUCAGCAUCUUCGUGGAGCCCAUCUACUUCUCGAGCAUCAUCCUGGGCAGCCUGUACCACGGGGACCACCUCUCCCGAGCCAUGUACCAGCGGCUGUCCAACAUCGAGGACCUGCCCCCGCUCUACACCCUCAACAAGCCCCUGCUCAGCGGCAUCAGCAAUGCGGAAGCGCGGCAGCCGGGGAAGGCACCCAACUUCAGCGUCAACUGGACAGUGGGCGAUUCGGCCAUCGAGGUCAUCAAUGCCACGACGGGCAAGGACGAGCUGGGCCGUGCGUCGCGCCUGUGCACCACCCCACCUAUUGCGCGCCAAGAUCACCAAGCCCAACAUGUACCACGAGUCCAAGCUGGCGGCGAGGGAGUACCAGGCCGCCAAGGCGCGUCUCUUCACCGCCUUCAUCAAGGCGGGGCUAGGCGCCUGGGUGGAGAAGCCCACGGAGCAGGACCAGUUCUCACUCACGCCCUGAGUGAGGAGCAGCCGGUGCCCAGCCCGCCCCCCACAGCCUCCCGUCUGGACUGGGGGCAGGCGCUCAGCUCGGGGAGGGUGUGGGGGGCACGGGGAUCCCCGGGGUCUCCGGCAUCCUCCCCUGCAUCCCACACCCUGGCCAGGAAGGGCACGGGCUCGUGGGGGUGCCGGGCGUCCCCGGGCCCCUCUCAGCCACGCAUUCCUCCCCCAAGGACCCGGCGCCCGCACCUGAUCCCGGUUUACGUUUAGAAACUGAGUUCUACUGAGUAGGGCUUCCGUAAGUUUAGGAAAAUAGAAAUUACUUUGUGUGAAAUUCUGGAAUAAAUAAUUUAUUCAGAGCUAGGAAUGUGGUUUAUAAAAUAAGAAGUAAUUAUGUCAGAUCACUUUAUGCCACAUAAUUUUAACUGCAAAUCUGCAACCUGCGUGGAGGAGGGUGAGGUGAUGGAGGGCGAGACAGCGAGCGGCGCACACAGCCACACACACAGCCCCUGGGUCUCCCCUCAGUGCUUCCGCAGGGGCUGCCGUCAGUCCCAGCAAGCUGUCCCGGAGGCCACCCCGGCCUCCCCUGGAAGCUCCGCAAACAGAGUAUUUGUGUUCCCGGGUUGACCUCCAGUCCUCAGAGAGAAAACGGGCGCAGCAACCUGAGGUUUGGCAGCGUUCAGCCUGCGCACCAGGAGCAGCCAGCAGUGGCCCUGCCCCAAGUCUUGUGGACGUGACGGCUGCCCAGGGACCAGCUGGAUGGAAGGAAGCAGGCGCUCAGUCUGCGGGCCUGCACUCCCUCAGCCAGGCUGAGCCAGGCUGGACCAGGUCUGACGGAACAGCAGGGGUGGGGGGGGAGCCCAAGGAGGUUGCUCAGCUCCGCUCGGCGCACAGGACAGCCCCAUGGCAGGGGGAGCCAGCCAGGAGGUCAGGACCCUGUGGCCUGUGCUCGGAGAUUGCCCCAGGUGCCUUGUUCUCACUCAGGACCAGAGAGGAGCCAGCAACAAGCGCCCUCCACCCCCAGUGCCAUCCUUGUGGUUCUGGGGGUCUCUCUGAGGGGAUCUCAGGGGGCUAUGGGCCGGGAUGGGUCCACAGCACACACGCGCACAGCAGAGACCAGGGCGCCUGUCCCCAGGUGUACAUCCAGGUAUCAGAGACAGGACAAAGCAGAGGAGACAUGCGGCCACUGUCACCCAUCAGGUCCUGGGGGUGCACGCAGUGACAGUGAGCAGGUUGCUUCCCUGGUGGGGCCUGAGGCCCAGUCUGCACAUCUUCAUGUGGCAGGAAGGGCCCUGUAGACCCGUCCGUGGGACUGGGUGACAGUCAGCGUCUGUCUCCUGUGCCUGGAGAAGGGAGGGGUCUGCCGGUGUUGCUGUCCACUCCCAGGCCCCUGCACACUCGAGGAGCAUCUGUGGCUCUGGGCUGUGUUGUUCUUGUCUCUAUAAAUUGUAUUUUUUCUAAUGGGGAUUGGGAGAGACUUAGUUUUUAAAAAUAUGUGGAUUUUGGUUACAAAGUCCUGUGGAAACACAUUGCUGCACAUGCAAAUUGCGCCACGGCCAUCUCCGGAGCAAGGGUGUCCCUGGUGCAGCGCCCACACAGCCACGAGACCUGGCAGGCAGGCUUCUGAGCAGGAAGAGGGUGGCGCGGGCAGAGCCGCGGCCUAUGUGUGUGGUCACAGCUCCACUCAGGACGGGUCAGGACACCCGGGGAGGGCCGCAGCUCACUCACCCUCCUGGGCACCGGCUGCCGCUGUGGUCACCCAGCGCCCCGCCACUCUGAGACCCCUCACAGGGAACCUGACACAAGCAGGGGAUCGAGUAAAAUCUUAAACCAGGGGACAUGCUGACAAGCAGGGAUGGGAGGGUGUCUGUCAGAGGCGCGCUGGACCACAGCGCCCCCUGGGGGCCAGUGCAGGGAGGGCUCUGUCGUGUGCUCUGCGUGGGAGGCAGGUGCGCGGCUCCUCCAUGCUCCCUGCCCUGCUCAGAGCCUGGCGGGCCCACCCCUUCCCACAGGGGCUGCCAGGGACUGGCUCUGAGUGCCAGUGCUGAUGCCCAGUCCGCCUCUGACUUCCCUUGUGCCCAGUCCCUCUGGAUUGUUCUAACAGUUGAAAUGACUGCUUUAUUUUGAAGCGGACAAGCCAACAUCUGAUAAAGCACUGGUUCUCUGGGAUUCCUUUCAUUCCCAUCCUCUCUCCGUGGGCCUGUGGAAUGGCUGCAUUCUGUGGGGGUCCAGGCAGCUGUGCGGCCAGCUUGGGCGUGAGGCCCCGCCGCCCUGGCCGCCUCGGCUGUGCUUCCAGGGUGUUUCGCUCCAGAGCCCUCAGGGCUGCCCGGUCACAACUCCAGUCCGGCGAGAGGCGCGAGGCGCGGACUCCCCACCUCUGAACUUCUAGGAAACUCCGGACUCUCUUCCUUCCUGUCAGCCCCACACUGUACACGGAGGGGCCCAGUGUCGUCUUCAGUGUGUGUCCUUGUCCCCUGCUGUGUCACAUGACUGUCCCUGAGCAUGGGGACAUGCAGUUCCGGUGUCUGCAGAACAGGGUCGGGACACAGAGCGGCCCGCGCGGGCAGGCUGAGCGGUGCCGCGAGGGGUCCACGCACAGGCUGUCCUGCUGGCAGCACCGGCAACCCUGGCUCAGGGCCUGCAGGAGCCCCAGCAGCUGACGGCCAGGGCGCCGGAUUCCACGCUGCCCGGCCCUGGUGCCCUGCGUGUCUGUACAUACCACCCCUCCUGCAUGACCUCACGCCAGGCCACUGGCCGCGCAUGAGACGCUGUCACUGUAGACAAAGGACUGGAGAUGCUGUACAAAUAAAACGCCUCAUGACCA